GUUCGAACGAUGAUCGUGUCGACAAUAGCGACGGGGGUCUCUCGUCUAUUAGACAUAGUAUUGAGUGCAUAUAUCUACAAUGACGAAUAUCGGUAUCCAUUCUUUAUUGCUUUCACUCAGUUCACUCUUCUCUCCCUCUUUACAAAGGUCUAUACUAGUAUACGUACGAGUAAAUGCAUAGCAGGAACAAUCAAAGACGACGACAUUCUCUCACCGACGACUCAAUCAGUGAGAUCUCCAAAGAUUACUAGAAGGAUGACGCUCUUGAUAGCAAUCAGUUGGUUUAUCACCAGGGUAUUUUCUAAUCUGAACAAUGUUGAGGUCAGAGUAGCUCGGGCUUCCGAGGCUGCUGUACCACUGUUGUUGCUCCCCGCCUGCUCCUAUUACAAGUUAAUUCAGAUCGAUGUCAAAGUCGCCGCCGUGAGUUGAUUCUCACGUGAAUGUAAUUAUCUCACAGGAACGAAAAGCUAACACUAGCCACAUCAAUUGCACUAAUUUUAAAUUGCUCUAUCGAUGCCCGUGCCGUAUCUGCUGGAAUUAUAGUUCUACGCAUUCUGAAUGUCGUCUCGCAAGCGAUGUUCCUCACUUUAUUCAAUAAAACUAUAAGGGAAGAUUACAAGAAUCCGAUAUUUGCGCUUCAUGCGUAUGCACCUACUGCUACAAUCAUCUCUCUCAUAUUUUCCAUCUUGUUUGAGGGUGUUGCACCACUUCAUGAUCUCCCAAUUAUCGGAUUAGUGAUUCUUGUGGAGAACGUCCUGGUUUUCUUGGCAAGUCAGGUUUCGAUCGCAUUUCUCUUGCAUCAAACUAACGUCAUAACUUGGUCGAGCGUCUCCUACCUCGUCACCAUAAGUUUAGUAGUCAUAUCAGCGUUCGUCACUGAACGCGCUCCGCCAUUGGGUCAGUCAGUCGUCACGUUCUGCACUGCGUUCCUCAGUUUGCUGCUUCUGCGUACCCAAAUUCCUUCUUUGAGGGACGCACAGCCACCUACACCACGUUUACAGCUGUCGAAACUGUCUACGCACCUCGAGCCUUCGAUUUCUCAUGUCACUGGAUUACAGACACAGACACCACCUAGUCUCUCACGUACUAAUAGCUCACAACGUGUGCGUCACGCAGAGGAGAUCUAGAUGUUUUAGUUGCGAUUGUUAAUAUUUUAUUUUGUACUUUGUAUUUACCUCUUUAAUGAACUGUUGCUAUCACUAACGGC